CUCGAAAACAACACCCUAAAAUGAGCUGCUAAUUUCCCGAAAUACCCAUCUCACUUUCACAUUCUCUCUCCCUCUCUCCACCACAUUUUCCUCAAUUACAAAAUCGAGAUCGCCCGAAAAUUGAAAUCGCCCAACCCUAGCCACCGUCGUCAGCCAUGCUCCGGUAUCUCUAACCAAUCUUCUAAAGGGGACAACUCGUGCACGAGAGAGAGCACGACGUCGGAGGAUCUACCCAACCAGAUCUGUUUUCGGAGUCGUAACAACAGCUCCCAGCUUCGGGUGAAGGACUUUAGGUGUGUGAAAGAGAUUCGGCUGCGUAAACUACUCAACUUUGACCACAUUUACAUUUCGUACUACCGACGCGAUUCACCAGUAUUAACCGGGACAUCAGGAGGAUGAGAACACCAUCGGUCAAUUAUAACCACAUACACAUGAUGCUUGAAGUCAUCAUGCAUGUAUAUCGGCUUGAGACAACACUACUCGUACAACGUUUCCUAAAGGCUCACACUAAACGAAAGAGACGUAGGAUUGUUGAACAAGCUAGGCAAUACAGCGUUUUGAAUAAGGUUCCCGAGCAGCUACAACGGUUGGACAGGCUUAUAAAUGUCACGGACACAGAUUGCCUUGAUAACCUUCGCAUGGAUCGCAACACUUUUGGAAAGUUGUGUCGCAUACUUACGGACCGGGGGGGUUUACACAUAGGAAAGUGUCUAGGAAUUGAAGAACAAGUUGCGAUGUUUCUUGGGGUUCUGGCGCACCACAAAAAAAACCGGAUUGUUCGUUUUAAUUUCGCUAGGUCUGGAUCAACGGUAUCCUAUUAUGUGAACAAAGUUUUAGGUGCUGUUCUGAGUCUUCACGAUGUAUUAUUUGAAAGGCCUACCCCAGUCCCGGACAAUUGCAUUGACCAUAGAUGGAAAUGGUUCAAGGGUUGUUUGGGUGCCUUAGAUGGUACUCAUGUCAAUGUGUUGGUUAGUAACAGCGAUAAACCCCGAUAUCGCACACGAAAAGGGUCCAUUGCCACAAACACUUUAGCUGUAUGUGAUCGAAAUAUGCAGUUCGUCUACAUACUGCCUGGUUGGGAAGGGUCUGCAGGGGAUUCUAGAGUGUUAAGGGAUGCCUUAUCUAGGACGAAUGGGUUCAGAGUGCCCCAGGGUUGUUACUAUCUAUGCGACAGCGCAUACGCUAAUUGCAACGGCUUCUUGACGCCGUACAAGGGGGUGCGGUACCACCUCAAAGAAUGGGGUGUUGGCGAUGCAGCUCCACAGGACCAUAAAGAAUUGUUUAACAUGCGUCAUAGCAAGGCUCGUAACAUUAUUGAGCGAGCCUUCGCUGUCCUGAAAAUGCGCUGGGGGGUUUUGCGCAGUGCGUCCUUUUACCCAAUUCAAACACAAAUCAGAUUGAUCAUGGCUUGUUUCCUUCUUCAUAAUUUCAUUCGCCGUGAGAUGAGGGUGGAUCCCGUAGAAGCUGCUGUUGAUGGUGAUGGUCCACCAGUUGUUCAAGGAGAAAAUUAUGCCGCUCACAACUACGUUGACUGUGUCGAAACAUCACCCGAAUGGACUGCUCUACGUGACGCCAUAGCCAUGGAGAUGUGGAACAAUAGAUAGAAUCUUUCCUGAAUAAAUUUGACUUGUUUUGUUAUGAAAUACUGAGAACUACAUUUUGCUUAUUAAAGCAGCUUUUGUUGUGUUGA